CCUGUUUCGAAGCAUUUUUACUACCACGGUUAUUGCCACAAAUCAAGAGGGCAAAGUGAACGGCAUGGGACUCACACCAACUUUAACGAAAUUGAGUGUGGUUCCUACUUCUGCGAAGUUCACGGCCAAGAAUUUCACAUGCAGAUGAUAUACAAACAAGGGAAAAUGGAGAGGGGAUUUCUAGGUGUAUCCUGAGUGCUGAACUGGUUUGAUUUUGCAAACUCAUAGCCAAACUCACAACAAAACAUGACAAGCCUUUCGAGGUUUAGUGGCUGCCCUCUCUCUUGCGUCAACCCUGGGGAGAGCAAUACUGAACCCAGCGUGGUGCUGCCACCUUUGGCAGGAGAGCACAUGGGACUCCCCACUGGCAGUUCCUUAAAACUCUGCCCCUCGCACAAUUUGCGAGACUACCACGAGACGAGGUCCAGUGCAUAUGUUGACCAUUCGGUUCCCAAUUUUUCAGACUCUGGAUACCCCAGCCACCGGUUAGAGCACAGCCCUAGGGGCAUUAUCAUUGGAGCCAAUCUUUCUGGAGCCGGCAUGCCACCCGUCACUGAUCAACUGGCAUCAAGAACUAACCAACAUGGCGGGAUUGGAAGGUAUCGUGACUUCCCUGGCUACAGAGACAACAGGAGCCAUGCUUUUUUUUCAAGUUAUCAGGAGCAGGCCCACGCCUCCACCGACGCAUCCCGAGACCUCGGCAGCCAGAUGAUGCUGGGUCUACCUGGCGACCUCCUCAGCCGGACUCACCCUUAUGGGCAAAGCAUCAACCCCAAGGGCAACAGCCAACAGCUUGUCUCCCAAUUCCUGGGUCUGUACAAGCCCCUCAACAUGGCAAUUCAGCGUGGAGGAGGCGACGCUUUCCUCAGGUGCUCCAAACAAACAGUGAAGCACGAGCUGGUGUGCAAGUGGAGUGACGGCCAAGAGGGGGCUGGGAAGCUGUCCUGCUCCAGAGCCUUCGGGACCAUGUAUGAACUUGUCACCCAUGUGACAGUGGAGCAUGUCGGAGGACCAGACCACUCUGAGUAUGUGUGUCACUGGGAGAAUUGUGCGAGAGACAGGAAGCCUUUCAAAGCCAAAUACAAGCUGGUGAACCACGUCAGAGUCCACACAGGGGAAAAGCCCUUUCCCUGCCCCUUUCACGGCUGUGAGAAAGUUUUUGCAAGAUCAGAAAAUCUUAAGAUCCACAAGAGGACUCACACAGGUGAAAAACCUUUUAAAUGUGAGUUCGAGGGCUGCAACCGGAGGUUUGCGAACAGCAGCGACCGAAAGAAGCACUCUCACGUGCACUCCAGUGACAAACCCUACAUGUGCAAGGUCAGGGGCUGCGACAAGUGUUACACCCACCCGAGCUCCCUGAGAAAGCAUAUGAAGCUGCACUGCAACAAGGCCCAGGUCCCCAAAAGCGAUGACGCGCGUCCCGGCGACGGGGGUCACAUCGCGGAGGCCAGGUCGACCCGAGUCCCGGAUGGAGCCCAUAUCAGCCCUCCUCAGCCCCCCACCUCCACCCAAGAUGUCCCCCUGUCCCCAGAGAGUCGAGACGAGUCGACCCCGAGGUCACGUUUCCAUCACACGUUUGACAGCAGUUUGGACUACACCGCGCACAGGUCACAGCCCCUCUUGGACCCUUUGUUGCUACAGAGAGGCAACUACAGGUCCCAGUCCUCCCAGUACCCCUGCGGACAGACGGGUCACACUUUCGCCCAGAGCUCACGGACUUUCCCCUCCACUUCUCCCUUUCAGAAAAGUAUCGUCAAUGGAUGGUACACAUGCCACAGCGGCGUGGACUCUUUCCCACCAAAGCAAUGUAACAACAUCCCCUCUCUCUGAGUUCCUGUUGGGACACAUGCGCCACGACCUGCAGCUUUUUUUUUCUUUCUCGGGCCUAUUUUUUCCAUGUUAUAGCCUAAAAACUUACACCAGUGUCUCUAUUACUCUCUGUAUUUUUUGUGAAUGUUGUAUCAAAUAUUUUGUGACACGUCCUGAGUCAUCCUAUUGAAAUGUUGCAUUGCGAAAUGUGGCGAGCUUUAUUUGUUGUUGUGAGGCCUGUUCGGUUGGGUUUGGCUCGUAGCCUAUAGCCAUAUCUCCCCCACUGUGGGUUAUAGGAACUUUUACAAAGUGUAUAUGCCUAAUUGUUCGCUGUGUUGCAUAAUUAUUAAAGAUAUCUAUCUUAAGUGAGACAAAAAAAGGACAAAGGAUUUUUUGAUGGGAAGUCUUCUGAACUUUUAGGCUGUUACUGGAAAGUGAAAGGAGGCGUCUUGCUGAAUGUAGCCCUCAGAUUAGGGGUCUUUGUUGAAUGUAAACUAGAUGUAAUGUAUGUCGGGAAGAUAGAAACAUUAUUCAUGUCUUUAUGUAUGUCGCAAGAUAAUAAAUAUCUGAAUUUCCCUCUCUCAAGUGAAGUUUUGGGACCUAACACGUGAUGAUGGGCCUGAAGCAUGAUUUGUCUGUAAUUAAAAUACUGCGAGGCUCAGUAGGUUUUUAUUUCUCCUCUCCUCUUGAUUAAGUUUCCCUUUUCAUUACACAUUCCUGUUUGUAUUAUAUGUAUAUUUCACAUUUCUGUGCAAAGUAAGACCAGUGUGAGCAUAAA